AUGGCCAACCAAAGCUCUCCAGUGGGCUUCCUCCUUCUGGGCUUCUCAGAACACCCACGCCUAGAAAAGAUUCUCUUCGUGGUUGUCCUGUUUUCCUACCUCCUCACUCUGACGGGCAAUACACUCAUCAUCCUGCUGUCCUCGCUGGACCCCAGGCUCCGCUCUCCAAUGUACUUCUUCCUCUCCAACCUCUCUUUCUUAGACCUCUGCUUCACCACAAGUUGUGUCCCCCAGAUGUUGGUCAACCUCUGGGGUCCCCAAAAGACCAUCAGCUUCCUGGGGUGCUCUGUCCAGCUCUUCAUCUUCCUGUCCCUCGGGACCUCUGAAUGCAUCCUGCUGGCGGUGAUGGCCUUUGACCGCUAUGUGGCUGUGUGCCAACCCCUGCACUAUGCCACCAUCGUCCACCCCCGCCUGUGCCGGCAGCUGGCAGCGGUGGCCUGGGUCAUUGGGCUGGUGGAGUCCAUAGUCCAGAUACCACCCACCCUCCGCCUGCCCUUCUGUCCCCACCAUGAGGUGGAUGACUUUGUCUGCGAGGUGCCAGCUCUCAUUAGACUCUCCUGCGGGGACACCACCUACAAUGAAAUCCAGAUGGCCGUGGCCAGUGUCCUCCUCUUGGUUGUACCUCUCAGUCUCAUCCUUGUCUCUUAUGGGGCCAUUGUCUGGGCAGUUUUGAGGAUUAACUCUGCAGAAGGGCGGAGGAAAGCCUUUGGGACCUGCUCUUCCCAUCUUCUUGUGGUCACCCUCUUCUACAGCUCAGCCAUUGCUGUCUACCUGCAGCCCAAAAAUCCCUAUGCCCAAGAGAGGGGCAAGUUCUUUGGUCUCUUCUAUGCUGUGGGCACUCCCUGUCUUAAUCCUCUCAUCUACACGCUGAGGAACAAGGAAGUGAAGAGGGCAUUCUGGAGAUUGCUAGGGAAGGAAAUGGAGCCCAGAUAG